CCCUUGUGAAUUUAUUGUCAAGGGCUUGAGUAUUUCACAAAACAUGUCAGCAGCCGAUCCAAGCAACAGCUUUCAAAAUAUUAGUUUUCUCAAAUCAGAGACGCCGUUGCAUGUCAACUCUUUGCGCGUGGUAGGCAGUGGUAACACACGCGCGUCGUUCUUAAAUAGCAUUACAUCAGGCAUAUUUGGAGCAACUACAGUGCAACAAGUGGUGGAAAGCGUUCAAGAUGCUGCCAACAAGCUGCGGAGACACGAUAUUUUCAGUAAUAUCGAAGUUGUGUUAGAUACUGCAAAGGAAACCACCGACGCCAUUGAUGUCGUUCUCAAAUUGGAGGAAAAGGGUCGAACUGUGGUUAAAACCAAUGCCGAAAUAGCUGACAACGAAGCUAACGUGAAUGGCAACUUUGUGUUGAGAAACUUGUUCGGAGGAGCAGAGACUUUGGGAACCAGUGUAGAAUUUGGUAACAGAAAUAAGGCUGCUUUCAAGACAUACUUGUCCACCCCAGUCAAUGCGUCACCGGAUGCAAAGCUUGUUGCUCAUGUCAGCGGGCGUUUUAGAGAUAACACUAGCAUUGCUUCUUAUGAAGAGUUUAAUAGAAACGCUGGUGUGGCCUUCAAGGCUAUAUCCAAGUUUGGAUUCCAUGAACUUGGAUACGACGCUACUUGGAGGGAUACUAUAGCACAAAGCACUGCGUCCUCAAUUGUCAAGGACCAGGCUGGCCAGUCCCUCAAAACUGCAAUCACGGGUUCCUUUGUUCGGGAUCGUCGCGAUAAUGCAACCUUGCCUACGCGCGGUCACUAUAUUUCAUUCCAUCAUGAGCUUGCUGGCAUAGCAACAAAGAGUGAUACCAGCUACUUUAAGAAAGAGGUUGCUGUACAAAUUCAUCAGCGCUUGUUGCAGCCUGUGGUGGCCGAAAGUGGAAAGACAGUGGCUCCUCUUGUGCUUAGUGGAGGAUUCCGAGCUGGUUUGAUCGCUAGUCUAGAUAAGAAGGAGCCUCACAUUUCCGAUCGAUUCAUAUUAGGAGGACCGACAUCGAUCAGAGGAUUCAAACUUGGAGGUAUCGGGCCUCGUGAUGGUGACGAUGCUGCUGGUGGAGAGGCUUACUGGGCAGCUGGCUUGAGUGCUGUGGCAGCCGUACCGGGAAUGAUGGACAAACCGAUCAAGGCACAUGCCUUCGUGAAUGCAGGCAACUUGAUCAAGUGGUCGACAGGCACGUCAUACAGCAAGACGAAAGAUGCCCUACUCCUCAAUCCUCGUAUUUCAUAUGGUGUUGGUCUCAUCUUCCAUCACCCUGCCGCAAGGGUCGAAGCCAACUUUUGUUUCCCUGUACAGUUCUCUGGAGGCGACCUUGAACAGGCUGGCUUCCAAGCUGGCUUUGGCAUCAACUUUUUGUAGAGUCACGCUCAGAUUAUAGAGCAAGAAACAGACACGUGAAAAUCUAUCUUCUUCAAAUGACAGAAAUAAAUUGCCAGCCCUUAUUGCCUUUGUUACUUUGUAAAACCCGUCUCGUCAGUGUUCAAAUGUCCCUUAUACUGUCGACUCUGACUGAGAAAGAGACUAUCAAACGACAUUUAAAUGACUCC